CUUUGAAUUCAAAAAAGAAAAAAAAAACACUCUGUCAUUGUUUACCACCAGGAAGCUUUCAUCAACAACCAAAAAAAGGCCAAGAAAGCUAAUAAUACAAACAAAUGAACAAUACCUUCCAAAAAGCACACUGAUCAGUUUCCCUCAAGUUCUCACAUGGAUAGAUUGAGAUCAGUGUGGAAGAGCAUGAAGAUGGAAGGAAACCCAUUUGGUAACUCCUCUCACCAACGCAACCAAAUAUUCCUCAAAUUCGUCGCCUUCUUCCUUCUCCUCGGUCUCACUUAUCGUUUCAUCAUCACCGAUUCCACCGGCUCUCCGAUUGCACAAGUAAGAACCUCCUCGCCGGAACCGGCAGAUCCUUCCGGUCUCACUGCUUCAGCCGCUCAAGCUCCAUCCCCCGUUUAUUCCCCAGUCAACAUCACCACCACUUCACAAAAUGCAUCCACAAAGUGCGAUAUCUUUACGGGGAACUGGGUACCAGACCCAUCAGGUCCUGUCUACACAAACAUCUCAUGUCGGCAUAUCCAAGAACACCAGAACUGCUUGAAAAACGGACGCCCUGAUUCGAACUACCUUCUCUGGAGAUGGAAGCCUCGCGACUGCGAUCUCCCCAGGUUCGAUCCACACCAGUUUCUCCACAGGAUGAGGAACAAAUGGUGGGCCUUCAUCGGCGAUUCGAUCUCUCGUAACCACGUCCAGUCCCUCCUCUGCGUUCUCUCUCAGGCACAAGAGGUAGAGGAGAUCUACCACGACAAGGAGUACAGAUCUAACACAUGGAGAUUCCCUUCUCAUAACUUCACUCUCUCCGUCCUCUGGUCUCCUUUCCUUUUGAAAGCCGAAGGCGUCUCCUUCUCCGAUAUUCAGCUCCAUCUCGACGAACUCGACCCCGAAUGGACCCAUCAGUACACCAACUUCGACUACGUAGUCAUCUCCGGUGGCAAGUGGUUCCUCAAAACAUCCAUCUUCCACGAGAACCGCACCGUCACCGGAUGCCAUUACUGCCAAGGGAGGAACAAUCUCACCGAGCUAGGUUACCUCUACUCCUACCGUAAAGCCCUCCGUCUGGUUCUCGACUUCGUCGCUGCUCCGAACCGUAAAGCUCGGGUUCUGCUCAGAACGACCACGCCUGAUCAUUUCGAGAGCGGGGAGUGGGACAGUGGUGGCUUCUGUAACCGAACGAUGCCGUUUAAGGAGACCGAAGGAGAGAUGAAGAGGGAGGACGAGUUGAUGCGUGAUAUCGAGCUUGAGGAGUUCCGUAAGACCCAAGAAGAAGAAGAAGAAGAAGAUGGUUCCAAGGCUAACAUUGCGUUACUUGACACUACUUCAAUGUCGCUUCUCCGACCAGAUGGACAUCCCGGACCGUACCGGUAUCCGAAUCCUUUCUCUGGGAUGAAGAUCAAGGAUCCUCCGGUUCAUGUUCAGAAUGAUUGUCUUCACUGGUGCUUGCCCGGUCCGAUUGAUUCAUGGAAUGAUCUUAUGGUGGAGGUCAUGCUUAACCGGGAGAUUGAUAACAAGAGUUAGGCACUCUCUAUUUCCUCAUGUUUCUUUGUAAUUAGUUAUUUUUGUUUUGUAAAAGCCCAUUAAUUUGAUGUUGGGACCUACUAUGGGUCCAACUACAA